UGACUCGUUGCCUCGUAGACUAAUGGCGUCGUGAUCACCGCCAUUCUAUGUCGUCUACAUCUGUUUGAUCUGUUCCGCUCUUCAUCUGUACAGAAAGCCCGAGAAAUGGCUUGUUCCGUCGUACGGUCGGCAAUUCUUCGCAAUUCUACGGUAAGGCAUUAUGCAGCUGCUGCAGCUGCUCAAUGCUCCAGCACUACAAUUCCAGAGCUUCAAGUGUUGUCGAGUAAUAAGGUGACGGUUACUGCACUUGAUAACAACAAUCCUGUUGCUCAAAUAUCAGUUAUCUUUCGAGCUGGCUCACGUAACGAGACAUAUGAUACACAAGGUACUGCACAUCAUCUUCGAAUUGCCGCUGGCCUGAGUACUUGCAGAUCAACUUGCUUUGGAAUAACUAGGAAUAUUCAGCAACUUGGUGGGAAUUUAACUGCUACUACUGAUCGUGAAAGCAUCGCUUAUACAUUACAAAUAACAAGGAAUAAUUUGGAUAGAGCUUUGACUUUUCUAGAAGAUGUCGCCACGCAACAAGUGUUUAAACCAUGGGAAAUAUCCGAUCAAUUGCCUAGGUUGCGCUAUGAAUUAUCCAUGAUACCAGAAACAACCCGUAUAAUGGAAUUGUUGCACAAGGCAGCUUACCACAAUGGAUUAGGUUAUUCUCUAUACUCGCCAAAGAGACAACUUGGAAAAAUUGGUACAGAGACUCUGCAACAUUUCGUCAAUACUUGGUUUACUGGCUCCAAGUGUGCAGUUGUAGCGACGGGAGUGUCGCUAUCAGAUAUGACUCAAUUCGCUUCGAAUCUAAAAAUGAGCUCGGAAGAUAACACUAUGGAACCUACCAAAUAUUAUGGAGGAGAACUUCGCAAAGAACGAUCCUCCGAACUGUCUACCGUAGCUGUAGCUGUUGAAGCGGUGAGUUUAGAUAAGGAGAAGGAUGCCCUCGCUUGCGCCGUAUUGCAAAGAGCAAUCAGUUCCGGUCCCCGUGUAAAAUGGGGCUCUUCCGUAUCUCCGCUGCACAAAGCAGCCUCUGGAGUAGCGAGUACCGAUCAAUUUGCUCUUUCGGCAUUCAACGCUUCUUACAGCGAUUCCGGACUGUUUGGUUUUAUUCUGUCCUCGGUACCAGCUGUCGCCGGUUCCGUAACGAAAGCUGCUGCCGCGUAUCUAAGAUCGCCUAAGCUUUCCGAUGCUGACAUCGCUCGUGGUAAGAUCAUAUUAAAGGCAGAGAUAUUAUAUGCUGCGGAUAAUGACGCCACGUUUUUAGAAAAUAUGAGACAGCAAGCAAUUUUUAAGGGACGCGUGUACAAACCGUCUGAUCUCGUUGCAAAAGUAGACAAAAUAACUGCGACUGAAGUUAAAUCGAUUGCCGGAAAAUUUGCUAGUGGAAAAUUAUCUAUGGCUGCAAUCGGUGAUUUAUGCACCGUUCCAUAUGUCGACGAAUUGAAGUAAAUACGACGAUAAAAGUUUGAAUAGUACUCUGUUCAUUGCAAGGCUUCAAGUUGUAAAUCUUUUGUCGAGUUCAUCAGAGAGUAGAAUAUACUUAUAUAUAUUAAUAAUAUAUAUAUUAAUAUAUAUUAAAUAUAUUAAUAAAGUAUUAAUAUUAAUAAAGUAUAAAAUAAAAAAUAAAAGAAAAUAUCUCGCUGUAGUUUGCACAAUUGAAUAUCUCUCUUGAGUUUCAUUUAGCAACAAUAUUGAGAAGAAAUGAAGAACAAAAA